UGUUGAAACCUCUACUGUUGUCUGUUCGGGGUCACAGGCAGGGUUUGUUGCUGAAAAACGAACACCUCGAUGAAAGAAACAUGACCGAAACCUCUCCCGCCUCCUCUGCGCUCUUUGUCUUAAAGGUCUGAUGCCGUAACCUAAACACAGUCUGGACCACAAACAUAAACUUUGUUUCUUUAUUAGUCUUCUGUGAACCCUGUCUCAUAUACUUGCUGAUAGGUGAAUGGUUUUGUUUCUUGAAUGCAAAUGACAUUAGUCAUACUAUAGACCCUCCUCUUUACUGCACCUCAGACUCACACACACUCACAUAAACUUCUGCUGUGCAGGACAGAGAGUAGAUGCAAUGCUUUGAGGAGUGGGCGAGACACAUUUAAUAUAGCGUGAGCUUUGCACCGAGCACAUGCAAACUGACUCGGAGGACGUUAUUGGGAGCUGAGCCAGUGAAAAGCAACCAGAGGCCGAGCUCCCAGGAGGAUACGGACGACCACAGCAGAAAGCAAAGCAGGACAGAUGAGAUCGAUCAGUCAGAGCCCUGGUCCUCACGCACCGUGCCAAGAAGACACACAGUAGGAGGGCCUCGCACCGCUGGGGAUGUGAUCGCCAUGCAGUCGUACAGCAUUGACCAUAAGAGAGAGGCUUUUCUUGAACAUCUGAAACUGAAGUAUCCCAACCAUGCCUCUGUCAUCAUGGGACACCAGGAAAGAUUUAGAGAGCAGGUCAGGAGUUCUGUGCGCAGUGUGACUCCUCAGUCGGCUGUAGGGGAGUCAGGGGAGCCUCUCUCAUUGGCUUGCCUCAGCUCUUUGGAGGCCAUGUCGGAGGGAGAAGCUCUCUCCGCCUUCACCCGAGGGAGCCGCUCACGGGCGAGCCUGCCUGUGGUCAAGUCAAACAACCAGACCAAGGAUAGGUCAUUAGGUGUACUGUACCUGCAGUAUGGAGAGGACACCAAACAGAUCCGAAUGCCCAAUGAGCUGACGAGUGCAGACACUAUCAAAGCUCUGUUUGUCAGUGCCUUUCCCCAACAACUGAGUAUGAAGACACUGGAGUCACCCAACGUGGCUAUAUACAUCAAGGAUGACACCAGAAACAUGUACUACGAGUUAACUGAUGUCAGGAACAUCACACCACACUCCUGCCUGAAGGUGUAUCACAAGGAUCCAGCCCAGGCUUUCAAUCAAAACACAAGAAGCAAUAAUGGAGAUGUUCGGACGACAAGAGAGAGGCUUUACAGUAGCAGACAGCAGCCUGGAAGUCCCAUCAACUCAGUCCAGGGCUCCUUGUCUCCUCCUACACCUCGAUCUGUGCCCUCUUCCCCCUCCAGGAUUUCAUACAGCCAUUCUGUUUCCAUGCCCGGUGGCGCGACCUUACCCAGGGAACGUAUCCCGAGCGUUCCCCCCAGCCGCUCCAACACAUCCAGCACUAGUGCCAUCCUAGAACGAAGAGACGUUAAACCAGAUGAAGAUCUGGGCAGUAAGAGCAUUUCUUUAUUUGCUGACCCGUACGCUACGAUCGAGGCCAGGCUCAGCAUCGCCUCUUCUCAAGGCAGCCAUCCUGGAGACACCCCAGACGGGGUGCCGUAUAUCCAGCAUCGCUCCUCUAUCAAGUCUACUGGCACUUACGCAGAUGGCCAGGACCAGCACACCCUCUAUAGACAGAGGUCCCUCAAGUACAGCGAGACCAAAACUCCACCGGCUUCACCCCAGCGGGUCAAUGAGGUCAGAAUGUUUGACAUACCCUCACAAGGCAUGACAAUUGAAAGGGCAUCAGCUGUUAGGAGAUCUUUACGUAAGGAGAGUAAUGGAAACAUGGACGUAGUGACCAGGGUGAGAGGCAAUAUGGCUUCUCCUGUUUUUGCUGACUUUCCGCCUGGUCAUGGAGAUAGACCGUUUCAGGGAGAUCCUCAGAGUGUAAGAAUAAAGGCUAUGGAGCAGCAGAUAGCCAGUCUUACUGGACUUGUUCAACAUGCUCUUUAUAAGGGUACAAAUACAAGUGCCAAAGAGACCACGAGUGAGAAAACAUUGAGGACGGCCUCUCCUGCUCAUAACAUAAAUAGUGGUGGUGUCUAUGCUGUAGCAUCAUCUAAGGACCCAGCUGUAAACACAGACCCCCUUUUAUCACAUGCUCAAGCCCCUGUCAUAGACUCUGCUGCAAGCCCUCUCCUCUUCACCUUCAAAAGAAACGUCUCUGACCUCAGACUCCAACUCUACCAGCUCAAACAGAUGCAGCUACAGAACCAGGAUACCAUAAGAAUGAUGCUACGACAGGCAGAGCAGGAGAUCUCUGGAAAGCUUUCAGUGGCUGCACUGCGCGCUGAGGACCCUGUUCUCAAACAGAAAGUCCAGGUGGAAGAAGAAAGACAUAAGUAUAUGUGCAUGGAGGAGAACGUUCUCUUGCAGCUUGGAGAUUUGGAGAACUAUGUUGAGAAGAUUAAGAGAAAAUCCACCUCCGACACGGGCCAUCAAGCAGUCACCCUGAAGGAUGUAGAGGAAGGUGCAGUCAAUCUACGCAAAGUAGGAGAAGCAUUGGCAGCACUUAAAGGAGAGUUCCCAGACCUGCAGACGAAAAUGCGAACGGUGCUGAGGGUGGAGGUGGAGGCCGUGCGUUUCCUGAAGGAGGAGCCUCAUAAGAUGGACAGCAUGCUGAAGAGAGUCAAAGCCCUGACUGACAAUCUCAGUGCAUUGAGAAGAUAUGCCACUGAAAGCCAGAAUCAUGAAUUUGAACCAGUCCCCGUAAAAACAGUUACUGAUAAUUCUAUCGUCUUCGCGGGGGAAUGCGGAUCUCCCAAACCUCUCCGCAAUUUUCCCGCUCCACAGUCAAGAUCACCUACAAAAGUCAGUCCUUCAGAGCCCACACCCUUAUCCCCCUACACGGUGCACCGGGUCUGGAGCGCUCCCAUCAGCACACAUCACGCCAGCCCUCCCCUAACAACCAUCCACACCCGAGACUCUUCCGUUGUGGCGAUGGUCAACCCCAGGAGCAGAGAAAACAGCCCAGUGCCCCAAAAAAGAGCCGCUCAACAGGGUCAGGAAGCCCUGCCGAACACUACCACCAGCACUGGAUCUUUCACACAAACAGAGAUCAACUUCAGUACAAACAAGAGCACGUCUGAAGAGGUUUCAGAAAGAGCAUCAGAGUACAAUUCCAGCACGGUUCAUUCUCCCGGAAGAAAAACGGAGAAGGAAAUGGAAAGAAUCCUUCAGCAUACCCAAGCCAACCUUUUGAAGGCCAUACCUGACCUGGAGUUAAGCAACCAGGAGUCCUACCAACCAGCCAGCAGCCUGCCAGACAAGGUGGAAGUGGUCCCCCUGUCUCCCCUGCCUGAACCCACACCACAAGAUGGACCCAAAGCGGAAAAACCUGUCCAGGCCAGUUUGGAGAGACCACAGAAGCCAACCAUAGAAAAGCCCCACAGGGCCAGUGUUGACAAAGUAAAGCCCAACCCCGAAAGCUCCUGCAAAUCUCCUCCCCCUCCUCCACCACGCAAAUUCUACACCACAGGAACCGGGCGUUCAGGAGAGGUUGUCUACACCAUCCGGAAAGAGUCCACUAGCGCUCAGGAGGCUGAGGAAGAAGCCCCGGAGCCCAAACCCCUGCGCGUGCCCCCAAAGGUCAAGCCCAAGCCUUGCUCCCCUCCCCCUGUCAACACCUUCACCUUAAAGGAUGAAGUAGAUGAAGGAGAUAAGAUUAUGGCAGAGCUACAGGUAUUUCAGAAGUGCACAAUUAAAGAUUUACAGCCCAGAUAUAUUGUUGAUCUCACAACCCAUGAGCCCUCAAACAAUGAUAAGGAGCCAGGGCUUUCCUUCUCUCACCACAAGCAGACCAGCACUCAUCUAUCAGAGGAAGGAACACUGUCGGAAAGCAGAGAAGAUAGUGGAACACCUGCCUCAUCUAGGGUCGUAUAUUGCAUCACCGGAACGACUACAAAGACAUCAAGUGCAAGCAAAUAUGAAGCAGAUGACCUAAAGGAUCCUGCAGAAGCCACUUUUCCGUCUUCCAAGGUUGCAUCUGAGAACACUUCUGACCUUUCCCAGCGAUCAAACUUGUUAACAUCAGAUGAUGUAUCUCUUACUUCCUUUAAAUCAGUCAAGGAGAUCCAAAGCAAGCUUAGCAAUCCUCAGCAGGUGUCAACCGGCUCUGUUAACUUUUCCAGGAACGGCCCCGGAGCUGGAAAAGAGAUGUCACUUAUUACUCCCGUAGAGUCACUUAGGCAUGUAGCCCCUACAGCAGCUUCUGAGAAAGUCACACCUGUCGAGACAUCAGAGCAGCAGAUAGUCUAUACAUCUAACAUGCAAGAUCAGGAGACGCCAGUAAAGCAAGGACAAAGAAUGACCACUGUUGAAGUUACGCUUGUUAGCAAGAGCGCAGAAUAUCAGGUUCACGCACCUGUCAGUCAACCAAGCACUGACCCAUUGUGGGCGUCACAGUCGUAUGAUGACAGUGUUACAAAUGUACAAGAAGUGAUAACGACGUCAUCCAAAAGUCAGGACAGAUACACCGAAGACGCUAGUUUAAGUCCAGACCUACCAGGAGAAGAAGCUCCCCCUCCGCCAAAUAACAUCGCUUUUAGGAUCACUAAAUCUAAAGUACAGGCUCUGUCGACAGGAGAGUAUCAACAGCUGGUAAACAGCAAAGGCACGGAUGUCCAGACUCUGAAAGUGGGCUCCGAACCAAACCUAUUUGCUCCAGAGGACCCUGGAUAUGAUAAGAAGCCGGUUAUCAUCAUUUUUGAUGAGCCGAUGGAUAUCCAACAGGCAUAUAAGCGGCUGUCCACCGUCUUUGAGUGCGAGGAAGAACUGGAGAGGGUUCUGUCAGAGGAACGGAUCGAUGAAGAGCCCGAAGAAGAAGAAGAAGAGGAAAUGAACUCAACGGUUCACGUCAGUCAGACGACACCUAGAAAUAAUCUCAUAGAUCCAUGCAGGACCGAGAACAAGCUUAACAAUCAAAGAAGUAACAGUGUCGGAAACGCAGCAUCUCUACAAGUGGAGAACUCAUUUGAAUCCUCUCUUGAUGUUGACGACGGAGACAAAACAGGAUCUUCAAAAGAUGCGAAAAAGAAAUUCAAGUUCAAGUUCCCCAAGAAGCAGCUCGCCGCUAUCGGCCAGGCCCUUCGUAAAGGGGAUAAAACGGGGAAGAAGACGCUGCAGGUGGUUGUGUACGAGGAUGAAGAGGAACCGGAUGGAACCUUGACCGAGCACAAAGAAGCCAAGAGGUUUGAGAUCAAACCUUCAACAGACCCAGAAUCGACUACGUCUCCGCCUUUAUCACAAAGCCCGACCUCCACAUCCCAGUCCGCCAAAGAGAGAACCGAGGAGAUCCGUAAGACGACGUAUCAAACGUUAGAUAGCCUUGAGCAGACCAUCAAGCAGCUAGAAAGCACCAUAAGUGACAUUGGACCUGCACUGUCAACUGAAGUCUCCAACAAAGACUCCAAGCUUAAAAGAAACUCCAGUCAAGUAGAAACAGAGCUGGACAGUCCCACAAAAACACCACCUUCUCUGAAGCCAAAACCCCACAAGUCAUCUCAACAUAAGAGACCUAAAUCGCAGUCUCGUUCCUCCACAAGCGCAUUAGGCUCCUCCAGUUCCUCCAGCUCCAGCAGUAAACAGAGCUCACCAGGUGACUCGCCUAGUAAGAUUUCCUCGCCGAAUUCCCGCCAGAAGCCGGGGAUUGCGGAAAAACCUGCAAAACCCGGAAAACCCCAAAAGCUCCAGGAUUCUCAGAGGCAAUUCCGACAGGUUGUUUUACUGUAAGGCUGCCAGUGUAAUAGAUUUCCUAUGGUAUAAAGACAAAGGAGCGUCACACCCCGUAAACCUGUGAAUCCGUUUUGUUGUGGACACACAUGGAUCCUUGUACACCAUUGCAAGCACUUGCUUGUGCAUGAUUAUCAUGUAGCACAAAGGAUCAGACUGUGUAAUGUCACUGUGUUGCUUGAGGAGGAAUGACUGGAUUUUCAGUUGGAAAAUGAAGACAUUUAGACAUUCAGUCGGCCUCUUCUGCAUAGCGCCAAAAUUCCUCCUUUUUCCCUUUACUGUUUUAGGUGUAAAACAAACUUGGAGAAAAAACACAAAAGUGUGUUGACCCAUAUUAUGCCGUUUGUUACGAGAGCAAUAUUUUUGUUGGUGGUUUUAUGAAUAUAGAGCUCUAUAUUUUCACGUAUGUGUUAUCCUACUCGACUUUCCAUGUCUUCCGGCAUCUUUGUUUAACAGGAUUGCCAUUAAAGCUGGUGCUUCCCUUACUUUGCCGCCUUCUAAGAUCCCAACUCAUGGAUCACAGCUCAACCCAUGCUCCUAAUUCAAACACAUCUAGGAUUACUAAUCAAACCUCUUGCUCUUCUUCCAAAUCCUUUAUACCAUGUCUCAGUCUGAGCUGGCCCGGCGGUAGACCCGCUUCUCCUGCUU